UGUGAUGCUAUUCUAAAUUAAAAACGAUAUCAAAAUAAUUAAAAACGAAACUCAAUAAUGAAUGGAUUGAUUGUUUUCAACAAUUCCAACGAUGUGGUCUAUCAGAAAUUCAAUAAAAAGUUACAACAUCACUUUUUGGACAAGGCCAUAGAACAGGGAUUGUUGCCGGAGGAUUUCGCCAAAGAUAGUUGUGGUAGAAAAAUCGAUCAAAAUGUUCUGGUGCAGCUGUUUAGUCCCCUGAUAAAUUCCCAACGUAUUAUGCAUUGCCAAUUCGAUAAUUGCUAUGCCAGUAUCCAGUGUGAGGAGGAUUUGAAUUUGGUAUUUGGCGAAGUACUGGGCUAUCAGUUUAUAAGUAUUGCACAGGAAAAGCUGGAAUUGAUGCAGCGGCGAAUGGGUGUGGUUAUUGCCCUGGCCAAGGCAUGCUAUGGACCAAAUCUCUUUGCCAGUGAUGUUCAGGAGGAGUUGUUUACAACAUGUAUGGAAUGUUACGAGGAUGAGAUACGUGACACCGAUUUGAUACUUCAAGUUGAAGCCCUACCGCGGCUAAUUAUCAAUGCGGAGCUGCGAAGGGCUGUCAAGGGUAGUAUGGAUAGAGCAUUGGAUUGCCUAAAGGAUGGUGGUCAUUUGAAAUGCCAUACUUUGAUGUUUGUUGGAGUGAAAUUUGUUGCCAUAAAUUCCAGUAAAACAGCAUUACCCCUAAGUCCCUCCGAUUUACUUUUCCUUGCCCUACUGAUAAGAGCGUUACAGCGUGACUCUAGAGGAUUAAAUAAAACAAUGGCCAUAUUUCUACAGGGAGUGGCACAAGAUCCCCAAUCCGGUUGUGUACCCUGUAUUGCCCAUCUGAAUUCUCUCAACAAAGGCGUGGUGCUGAUACAGCUGGUGGAAUAUGCUCCUCUGUCGGUAGCCAGCAGUUUAUAUGAUACAUUCUUCGUUCUACAAAAAAUCGUCUCCAUUCAAAUGCAGGGAGAUGCAGAAGCAUUAAAACCCACCUAUGAAUCAUUGGAAUCAUUUGUACGCCAAUCACAAGAAUCCUUUAAAAAGGCCAAAAUUAAGGGAGACGAUGUGGAAAGUUGCUUCAAGAAAUUCUCUGCGAAGUGGGAAAAUCUAAAGAAAAUGUAUCACGAAUUCCUCAAGACGUACGAAAAAGAUUUGAUAGUGCGUAUAGAAUCGAACAUACCAUCAUUCCAUGAAGAUCUCAAGCAAUUAUUCACCUUGACAUGUUGUGAUUCAUCAUCGGUUAAUUUCCAACAGCUACCCGAAGUUGCCGCCAUUGUGGAGGGCAAACUAUUGGAAUUCUCCGAAUUCCUUGCAGUAAAGGCCGAAAGAAAUGUCACGAUUGAAGCAUAUUUGGAAGAUUUCCCCGGGCUCAUUCACUUCAUCUAUAUCAAUCGUUCAUCGGGACUAAUGAUCUCACCAGAUUUGAAGACAUCAAAUCCGUUAAUACCAAAGGAAAAACUAUUCGAUAUGUUGGAAUUUUCCCGACAACAUUUGAAGAAGGGUCAUGCCUCCAUUAUGUGGAAAGAUAAAACAUUUAAUUAUGCUUACUUUCUGUGGUUUGAAGAUCAAUCGACUGGGUCCUCGAAAUCCAUUGAUUUAGAACGCCAUUUAAAUUUACCCUCCGCAAAUGCAGCUAACUCCUUCAAACCAAAUUUUGAACCUGGCCUGCUGGCUGGUGAUUAUUAUCAACUGCUCACUGAAAUAUGUUUCCCUAAAACUCCUGUACACAAGAUUAAAUGUUAUGAAUUAUUUUGUGUCCAUUUGGGUUUGGUUACAGCCACUUGUGCAGUUGAACAUUCCAGACGACUGGUGGCCACUAUUGCUGAUGUCGUGGGUGAUGAUGCAUUUUAAGUGGG